GCAGCUGUCAGGCGCAGAUUUUACCUCUUACCGGCCGGUGUUUCUGCCACCCCUGCUGGCUCCUCUGUAGAUUUAAACAUCAGAAGUUUUUUGCGUGAUGCUAAAAUGUUCUGAUUCACCCUGCAAGCGAUGAAUGAACCGAGCACCGCGGGGACCGGGCCGACGGAGGUUCUUUUGACUUCGGGCUGCCGAGCCCGGCUUGUCGAGGUGGUCGGAGGAUGGAGCCGAGGCUGAGCGGGGAUGGCAAGCCGUCCGUGUCCUGGUUCCUCGGCUCUGUCCUCAUCCUGUCUAUCCUUGCUGUUUUAGUGAGCUGCCAUGGGACGUGCAAACACCGAGCCCCCUCUCCUAGUGAGGUUGUCCAUCAUGUGUACUUGAAGCCUGAGCGCUUGACGAAAAGAAGCUCACCCGAUGACCUGCAGCUGAAGAUAAAGAUCAUCUAUGACUACAGCGUUGACCAGCUUCCUGCAGACAAGAGGAGACUAGUUAAGGAUAAGCUGUUUCCUCAGGCCAUUGAUUACCUGCAGAGAGCCUUCAGUGUGAGGCACAGGGUGGGGCCUGUGCUGCUCAGCCGACAAUGUGCAACCAACCAGUACCUGAGGAAGAGAGAUGACCCUCAUCGCUACUGCCAGGAUGCCUGUGCAGACGUCACCCGGUGCGGCCCCGUCAUUGUGCCACAGCACCACCUGCAGCAAUGCAAGGUGUGCAGUGAAUCAGGGAAGUCAUGUGGCCCCUUGGGGCCCCCGGAUGGUCCCGGAGUGGAAGGGUCUGACUUUGUGCUCUACGUCAGCGGCAUCACCACAGACCGCUGCGGACAGGAGAACAUAGUGGCCUACGCUGCUUACUGCCAGCUGGAGGCAGAGCUGGACAGACCUAUAGCAGGCUAUGCGAACCUGUGUCCUGCCAUGAUCUCGUCUCAGCCUCAGGAGUUUGAAGGGAUGCUCUCCACAGUCAAACAUGAGAUCAUCCACGCUCUGGGCUUUUCAGCCGGCCUGUUUGCCUUCUACCAUGACGACGAGGGCAAACCUCUGACCCCUCGCUUCGCCAGCGGCCUGCCCGCCUUCAACGAGAGCCUGGGUCUGUACCAGUGGAGUGAUGCAGUGAUCAGGAGGGUCAGCAGGCUGUGGGACAUCAGAGGAGGGGAGAUGGUCCGGCACCAGGUCCACGUCCUGGUCACGCCCCGCGUCGUGGAGGAGGCGAGGAGACAUUUCAACUGUCCCAUCCUGGAGGGAAUGGAGCUGGAGAACCAGGGAGGGACGGGAACUGAGCUGAACCACUGGGAGAAGAGACUGCUGGAGAAUGAGGCGAUGACCGGCUCCCACACCCAGAACAGGGUGUUUUCCCGGCUGACGCUCGCCAUCAUGGAGGACAGCGGCUGGUACCGAGCCAACUACAGCCUGGCCCAGAGGCUGGACUGGGGCCGCGGCCUCGGCUGCGACUUCGUCAUGAAGAGCUGCAAGUUCUGGAUGGACAGACAGAGACAGAGACGACACACUGUGACUCCGUACUGCGAUACAGUGCGAGCGUCUCCUCUGCAGCUCACCUGCAGACAGGACCAGCUGGCUGUGGCCGUCUGUAACCUGCAGAAAUAUCCACAGGAGCUGCCGCUGGAGUACCAGUAUUUUGAGAGGAUCCCUGACGUUGCUGCUGAUCAGCUGUCGUUCUUCGGCGGUGCUGUGGAGAUCGCUGACUACUGUCCGUUCAGCCAGGAGUUCAGCUGGCACCUCAGCGGGGAGUAUCAGAGGAACUCGUACUGCAGAGUGUCAGAGAACCAGCCAGACUGGUGGAGGAACUACGGGGCGGAGCAGUACGGACCGGACUCCGCCUGUCUGUACCAGAAGUCGGCCUUUGUUAUGGAGCAGUGCACCAGGAAGAUGACGUACCCCGACUGGGGCUCCGGAUGCUACAAGGUGGCGUGCUCGACUCAGGGCCUGACGGUGUUCGUCCAGGACCGCUCCUUCAACUGCGUCCGUAAAGGUCAGCUGCUGAGCGUCAGCGUGCGAGUCAAUGACUGGGUUUACAACGGCGUCCUGAUCUGCCCCGCCUGCACCGACUUCUGUGACGACUGCCCCCUCCCCCACCAGCUCCCGCCCAUCAACGCCUCCAGGAGUAACCCCAUUGAUCCGUGCUCCAGUUCUCCAGGUCUGGCCAUCACUCUGUGGCUCCUGCUGCUCAACCUGCUCCCCCUGGUGGCCGGACUGCUGCUCUGCCACUGCAGCUGAUAAAACACACACACACACACUCACAAAGGUAGCCGGACAGUUUACUGACCUAAACACUCUUCUGGUGUCCUCUGAGGAUUAAAGCUGCAGACUUCUCCUUCCCUCUUUUCUCGCACUUCCUCUCCUUUUCCUUCUGUCCUCUUUCCGAAGUUCUUCUUCUGCAUUUCUUUCUUCCUUUCUUCUGUCACGCGUUCCUCAGGACUUUCGCUCCUCAAGCGUCUGAUCUUCAUCUCGUUCCACUGUCAGGGAUCUUUUUACUGACGCUCCAUCCAGGUGUUAAUCUGGUGCAGCAGACAGUGAAUCAUCAGUCGUCUGGUUUAACAACAACAGAUCAGCAGACUGGACAUUUGUCUUCUUUUCUUUUUUUGGCUGCAGAAUCGUUGCUCAGAUAUAUUUAAAGACUGGAGGAACUGACUGAAUGAAGUUCAAAGAGGAUUUGUUUGUCGCUGCAGCAGCCUGCCAAACGCAAACCAGGAGGAAACGUCACCGAGUCGUCGCCUGCCGCUUGCUGACAGGAAGUGGAUUAUUCAUGACAGCCGACUUUUUUAAAAUCAUACUUUUAAGCUGAAAGUUCAGUGUACUUCCUGUGCGUGAGACAACAGAAGGAUGUGUGUGGUUUUGUGACCCCUGGUGGCUGCAGGAGGUAACUUUAAACUUUAUUUUUUACGUUUAUACCCAGAAAACUGUAAAUACACCAACAGACCACUUAAGUUUAAAUUCAUGGCUUCCUUUGCUUUGAGCAGAUUUCAUGUCGCGUUCACGAAGGCAAAAAUGAAGUGAUAGUUUAGUUUAAAGAUCUGCAGCUCUGCAGUGCAGGACUGAUGGGUUCCAUUAACGCUGUGCAGAACACCUGGAGCCGGUGCAGGCUGCGAAUCAGCUGCUCUCCUCACACUGGAAGAGAUGAUCUGUCGUGUCGACACAACCACACAGCUGAUCGACCGAUUACAAGAUCGUCUCAGCCGGAGAUCUGUGGCCUGCAGGAAGUCACUGGGCCUCAUGCAAGAAGCGCUGAAACCGCAGGUGUGAUCGACUCCAGAGCUGCAGCACACGUCGUCCACUCUGACUGAAGACUCGUGAAUCUGCCCUCAUUUGAUUAACGAAAGUAAACACCAAUAAACACAAACAGUUCUCGCUGAGUUCAUGAGGAUAUUCUGACACGACUUUCUAACUUCUGAAGCAGAGCAGAACAUGAAGUUUGUGGAGCGGUUAUUAAAGUGAUGCAGUGAAGAGCGAGUAAGAGGUCAGAACAUGACAACAUUCUUGCAUGAGAUCCAGAGUCUGUCUGUCUGCUGCCUGUCUCACCUCCUGCCUCCGGUUUCCUGUCGCUCUCUCAGCAGAUGCUUCUGGCAGCUACGAAGUGAAGCAAACAGCGUCGUGUUCGGGACGUCAAGGUCCAGACACGUCCAGCUCCAACAAGAUGAUGAUGAUGAUGAUGAUGGUGAUGAUGGUUUAAUAGGCAUGGACGUGGAUUUUGACUCUGCAGGAUUUUUGUCUUAGACCUCUGAAUUUUGUCAGAGACACUCAGAUCAGGUCAAAGGUUGUGACGUCUGCAGGAGGCUUUAAAGUAGCGCCCCCCCGUGUCAGAACAUGAAGAGACACUCGCUGUCCUGAGGCCACAAACUGCUUCCAUUCGUCAGCCGCGCGUCAAACACAGUCACGAUGUUUAGGUCCUUCUUCAGAGUAAUCAGGACUGUUUGAAACUCAGAUCAUUCAGAAGAAAAUUGUGAUGUGAAUAUUUGAGGGUUUGUGAUGGAUUAUAUAAACCUGGUGGAUUCAAAUGUAGAAAAUGAAUCACAUCUGAGAGCUGAACAGAGCAUCAUAUCAUCAUAAAACAAAAGCAGGAGCAACAAGAAAGCAUGAAAGCUCAUGUUGAUAUGCUGAUUGACGGUGAGAUGGACCAAUCAGAUGGCCUGAAAGCAUCACUCGAGCGGAUGGGACGCCGGCGUCCUGCGGACACUGAUUUCCUCCUGUUUUAAUUUAAUAUUUGAACAAAUGUCAGAGUCACGACUGGACCGACAGACUGUCAGGAGAGGAAGAAAAAGCCAUGUACGUUCAAACAGUGAAAACCUGAACAAGCCAUAGUUUGAUGAUGAUGAUGAUGAAAGUGGAAGCUGCUCCAGACCAGCUGAUGUCAGUUCUGUUAAUCUGUUCAUUGAUUUUAAAUCCAACACGUCUCGUUCAUGAGGUUUGGUGAAAUGAUUCUUUCAGACUCCCGCAGACCAUAAUCCAUCCAGAAACCAGGACGCUGCUUCUUAUUUUCAGCCCAGAUGACAAACUCAGUGAGCAUGAAGCCGCUGGCGGGCCGCGCAGACACGCUAAUGCCUGACGCGCUCGUCGUAGCGCUGCUUAGCUCUGUUUAAUGAAAUAACUUCCACUUCCUGUCUUUAAUGGAAUAUUUACUGCUCGCCGUUAAAGGUCUGCACGGUGUUACAUCCAACCUCCACCGCUGUCAGACAUUUCACCAGUACAACAACGCAGCGUUCACCAGGUGCACUGUGGCCAGACACACCUGAGUGACUGAUAGCACGAAGCUAGCGUUAGCAGAGGUGGUGAUAGAGGACUUGUGAACUCGUGGUUGUUUUCAGUUUAACUGAAAACUGUCUCAGUCAGUGUUCUGCUGUUCGAUGACGCAGCUGCCGGAGGAAACAGCCUCGACUCGGAGUCUUGGCUGUUUCGUCACGGCUGAGGAGGAGCUGCCAUGAGAUGCGUACUUUGUUCCAUUUCCUCGUUGAAGUCCGUAUGAAACAUGCAGAUCAAAGAUGGCGCCAGAUUCCUGUCCUCAAAACAGGUCAGCAAAAAUGCAGCAGUGCUGCCACUGCUGGCCAGAAGCUGAACUGCAGCCGUCCUGCAGGCGUAAACAGUCAUCUCGUCCUCAGCGGCGGCGUUAAGCUCACUCUGCUUCCUGUCACCAGUUUAAUGAAAGCUCUGCAGCAUCUGCGCGGGACUGAGGUGCAGUUUAAUGGUCCUGGAUCAAGACUGCAGUGUUUGCAAGGUUAUUUUUAACGCUCAAACCAAAACUAAAGCUUGAAACCACCAACAGUCAUCAUGGUCCUGCAGGAUUAUGGACUGACUAGACGUUUGUCCCGGUGAAAAACGCUCGGCUUGGUUUCCAGUUUCCAGACCUGCACAAGACAAACAUGUUGGUGCCAAGCAGGAGUUUGAAUGUACUUUAUUUUCUCAUGUUUUAUUACAGACGUGGUGUUUCAGAGCCGCGUCUCCUCUCUGCAGUCUGCACAGUGAACUGCAUUAUGGGUCAGUUCCUGUAAACCACAGCGCUGUGGGAGGAAGCUCUCAGCUCGAUCUCUGAGCUUCAUUUGAACUCUUUAAUGUUUGUUAGUUCGGUUCCUGAAGCGAAACGAGAACAGUGACGUCUGAAGUCUGACGUCAGCACGCGGAGACGCGACAUUGUGUGAUAACUUCCUGUUGACAGCGAGACUGCGCGAUGAUGGCGGAGCGAUGGUUGAGGUGAUGAUGCACCUCCACCGUUGGCAGGUCUCAAAUUAAAACAACAAACUGUCGCGCUCGUGUGAGGAAAUCACCUGAAAAGGCUUUGUGAGUCCAAACCAGAACAGUUGAUUCUGUCACUCGUACCGUUUCCAAGGCAACAGUGAAACUUCAGUGAAAAUGCUGCGCUCUCGUUUUCUCUGUGCAGGUUGUUCCAGACGCAGUUUGGUUUUGGACUGAAACUCUUCUUCUGCUGUAUUUUAUUGUAGCUUCAUGGUUUUAUGUUGAGAUGGACCUGAAGAGAACCCACUGAGUCGCUGAAGGAGUUUCUGUUUGAUUUAUUUAAGUAGAGUUUCAUCCGUCUGUCGCGUCCUCCUGUCUGUCCCCAUCCUUUAAUGUGACUGUCAACAGGAAGUGACCUGCUGCCGUAUAAAACAUUGAUGUUUACAGCUGAAGUAUUUGUAUUUCUACGGCAGAGCUGUUUGGAGCUCUGUGUCAGCGCUGUUAGUGUGCUGCUGCCUGAGAGACCAUCUGACCUCAGUUCAGUUUUAUUUCGGCUCGGACUCACUCUCAGCUGCUCGGCCUGCACGAGAUUCUGUCCUCAUGUUAUUUUUGUGAUGAAGAUAUUUAUUGUGAAGACGACUGAAGCUGCACUGAGUCGAGGACUUUGUUUGAAAUCUUCAGCUUUUGGUGGAAACUCGACAUGUUCAGCAGGGUUUCCUGUUUCCUGUUUAGAAACACUUUGCAUCACUCGGUCGAUCGUUGUUAUUUAUUUGUUUUUAGAGAAAGGGCUGCUUUUUAAGACAAAUCAAGACAACUCGGAGAUAUUUGUCAGAAUAAACGCUGUCUGUA